GACCGCGGUCACACUGGAAGCAACAAAAGAACGCCCACACUUUCUAAUAUAAUAUAAUAUAAUAUAAUUUAAUAAUUAUGCUGUCCCAGUACAUGGAGGAGUUUGAACAGGAGCCUUUUGAGGUGGGAGAAUUCAUAGAACGCCUGACCUGGCGCACCAACAAUGAACUGCAGAACAGCGAAUUUAGUCCUGUGGCCCUGCACGACACCUUUAUACAGACGAUCAAGGACCUGAAGAUACUGCAGGAGAAACAGCAGGGCAAGUGCGAGCGACUCGAGGAGUCACUGCGCCAGGAAAAGGAGUCGCAUGCAAAGAAAAUCUCCAAGCUGCAGGAGCGUCAUCAAACGGCCAUUGAUUGGUUUGGACAGCUGGAUGAGAAAAUCAACUCGGUGGCGGGGAAGAUCAUGCAUCUGGGUGAACAGCUGGAGAACGUAAACACGCCGCGCAGUCGGUCCGUGGAGGCGCAGAAGCUGCUUAAUUUUAUGUCCGAAUUUCUGGCCGCCGGCCCCGUAAUAGUUAACGACAUCUUUACGGAUGCAGCUCGUCUGAGCGAGGCAGCGGAUGUGAUACAGAAGCUGUAUGCCAUCUCGCAGGAUCUGCCGCCGGGUAAAUUUGCCGAGUCCAAGCGUAAAAUAGAAAAGAAAUACGAUGAAGUCGAACGGCGACUGAUCGAAGAGUUUGCCACUGCCCAGAAGAGCGAGGAUAUUGAGCGAAUGAAGGCACUGGCGCAGAUACUCUCCCAAUUCAAGGGCUACGCACAGUGCGUGGACGCUUACAUCGAGCAGAGUCAGAUGCAGCCGUACAGCGGCAACAUAUUCAUUGGGAUUGUGCCGCUGUGCAAACAUCACUAUGAGAUCAUCAAGAAAGUGUUUGCCAACCCACAGCAGGUCAUGUCCAAGUUCAUACUGAACAUCUAUCAGCUGAAGCUGCAUCAGUAUGCAAUGACCAAGCUGGAGGACAAAAAGGAUGAGGAGAAGUACCUACGCACCCUCUACGAACUGUAUUCACGCACAUUGAAACUUUCCACCGAUUUGCAAAUCUACAUGUCCACCAUCGAUGAUGAUCUGCUGCAGAAGCUAACGCAACAGAUUUUCAUGAAGAACCUGGCCAGCUAUGCCGAAAUGGAAACUAAAUGCCUGACAGCCAAAUGCUCAUCGGAGCUGGAGAAAUUUUAUGCCAGCAAGAAGCAUCAGAAGACGCAGACCACCAAGGGUUUUCGUCGCAACAUGGAGGUGCUGAUUGCCACGCGGGCGAACAUCAACAUAGCCGCCAUCGAAGACUAUGGCGGCGAGACGUUUCUCUCCGAGGAGCUGGCCAUCAAUAUGCUGCAAGAGGCCAAAGCCGCAUUGAAGCGCUGUCGCCUACUCUCCACCGAGGCCGAGCUGCCCGCCAAUGCCAUUAAGCUGAAUGACAUUCUGCUGCGCUUUCUGAUGCACGAGCAUGUGGAUUAUGCCCUGGAGCUGGGCCUCCAGGCAGUGCCACUGGCCGAGGGCAAGGUAUUCCCGCAGCUCUAUUUUUUUGAUGUGGUGCAAAAGACAAACAUAAUUGUGCAUCUGCUGGAUAAGUUGUGCAACACCUCAGUAAUACCUUGUGUGAGCAACACGGCCAAGUAUUCGGACUACGUGUUCAAGAAGCGCAUACUGAUGGAGCAGAUCGAAACGAAGCUGGAUCAGGGUCUGGAUCGUUCUAUUAGCGCUGUCAUUGGCUGGGUCAAGGUCUACCUGCAGUGCGAGCAAAAGAAAACCGACUACAAGCCAGAGAUUGAUGUCGAUACCAUAUCCUCAGCUGCUUGUCUGCAAGUUGUGCAAAGCCUUCAGCCCGUGAUAGUGCAGAUCAAAAAGUGCGUGGACGGCGAGAACUUGCAGAAUGUUCUCACAGAAUUCGGCACACGACUGCAUCGUGUUAUCUACGAUCACCUGCAGACGAUGCAAUUCAAUACGGCCGGUGCCAUGUGCGCCAUUUGCGAUGUGAACGAGUAUCGCAAGUGCAUUAGGGAGCUAGACAGCGCACUGGUGACGCAGCUGUUCGACAUACUCCACGCCCUGUGUAAUCUGCUGCUGGUGAAGCCACAGAACCUUCAAGAGGUGUGUACGGGCGAUACUUUGAACUAUCUGGACAAGUCUGUGGUGAGGCAAUUCAUUCAGCUGCGCACUGAUUUUCGGGUCAUCAAGAACACCAACUAUCUGAAGGGGAUCAUUGAGUGAGAGAGAGCGCAGCGCAUAGCCCCGCCGAUGAGUCACAUUCCGAAAUUUUCCACCUAGAGCGGUGCUUUCUGUGAAUUGAUUGGAUUGAUAUAUUGAAUGGGGAGGACAUUAUCAAAUAAUAUUUCAUUAUAGUACA